AUGGCCUCCUCCUCAGAGGUCGUAGCUACCUCGCCACCCUUCAAGCUAGACUCAGGAACUGCGUUCUCCCUCGCCGUCGCCUUCUCCCUCAUGCCCUUAGCUCACGCUUUAGCCGGCUUUGUUUUGGGAUCGUCCACUCCCCGAAAGUAUUAUUUCCUGUACCUCUGGCACGCGUAUGACUUUCUCACCCACUUCAUCAUAGAAGGUAGCUAUUUGUACCAUUGCUUCUUCUCCUAUAUCGAACUCCCUGUCCCUCCCUCGAACUCCUCGGUUGCCGUGUCGACUGGCGUUGAACCACUGGCCUACCUGUAUAAUCGAUCCGACCGCCGGUAUGGAGCUUUAUAUUCACAAGCACCGAUGGCAAGAUUGUGGCAAGAAUACGCAAAGGCUGAUCGAAGAUGGGGAGGCGCCGACCUGACUGUCAUUUCCCUGGAAAUUCUCACCGUUGGCCUCGCCGGACCUGCUGCUGUGUACAUUUGCUAUCUCAUAGCCAAGGUCGUCAAGUCCGGGAACUCAUCUGCCAAAGCCCGAUACCAAUCCCGGUUAUGGUUCGUGGCAAUCGUUCUGGCCACAGGAGAACUCUAUGGCGGUUUCAUGACUUUCGCUCCCGAAUGGUUGAGCGGGAACAAUGCUCUCACCGGAGACGAUCCGGUCUACCUGUGGUUGUAUUUGGUCUUUUUCAACAUGCUCUGGGUUUUCAUACCGUUUUGGGUCCUGUACGUGGCCUUCUGGGAGAUUUCCACCACCUUCAGCCUUGCGUUCAACGACGCAUCCGCCAAGAAGUCCACAUGA